CCAAAAAAGUGUUGUUAAAUUAUGUUUUUACCAAAAACCUUUUAUUCUUAACAUUUAAAACGAAUUGAUUUUGUGGCAACAGAAAUGGAAGCUCACCUUGACUCUAGCUGUACCUUGGUCGUUGAAUGUUUGUACAUGAAAUGUCAUCGUUUGUUUACAUUUUCGCCAAACAUGUCAUUCGUCCCGUAGCUGUCGUUAGUGGUGCUGAAGUGAAAUCGGCGCUAGCUAUCGAAAUGGACGGAAUUCUAGCUAAAACGCAAGCAUUGCUGGGCAAUUAUCUUGAAACCCAGGGCCAUUCAGUAGCGAUCAAAUUGCUGGACAAAAAUCCGUGCCAAAUGGGUGAUAUGCUCGUAAAGAGCAAAGCUGACAGUGAAUUGCUGUUGAACGAACAAGCCCUGAUAGCCGCUAGCAAGUUGUGGCCUCUGCCAAUUUCUGCGAUUGUGAGCUGUGGCAGCAGUGCGAAUGUUUGGUUGGAUCGCACCGUCGCGUUUCGUGCCGCUCUUACAUUGCAGGAGUGGACCGGUCAUCAACGACCGUUGAACGUGCAAAAAGUUUACGUCGAAGAACCAACCACCAACGAAUACGAUACCAUUUCGAUGACGGAAUUCCGGGCCAACGUCUUGAGAAGCACCAUCAAAAAAUGUUUCCAACACGGUGGCUAUACACUCGUCGAAAAUGCUGAUCUGCUGGACAACGACAUUCCCUCGGACGUUAUGCACGUAAAGAUCGUACAUCAAAGGAGUAAAUCUACACCCCAACCACAGGUGGAAGUGCUUUGCGGAGUUGUACUGACAGGAUUGGAGACACAGAAUGCGGCUCAAUACAUUCAGUUGCGUGCAGACGAUAUGCAUCUGACGGCGCUGCAUCGUUAUGGGUUGAGGCUGCCCGACGCCAGCAAGCUACGGGCGCUUGUUACGAGCCUAGGACGCUCGGCAGCUAUCGUCGAUAUGCUGCAAACCAAACAUACCAACGUGAUAGAUAUGCGCACACGGGAGGAAAUUAUGCGCAACCAUUGCACAUCGAAGGGAGCUUCCUUUAUCCUGUACAAUUAUGCUCGGCUGGCCACGAUCCUAAACAAGCACGCCAAGCUAGUGGAGCAGGGUCUGGCACCGGACCUACCUCCGAUACAUGAGAUCGACUUUUCGCUGCUCAUCGAGCCAGAAGAAUGGCAGCUACUGUACGCAUAUCUGCUUCGUUUUCCGGACACCGUCCGCCUGACGAUCGGAUACGGCAAGUCACCGCAGAUCGCUCCGUAUCAUAUGCUCAACUUUACCCUAUGCAUGAUUAAAUGCCUCAGCAAGUACUAUCGCAGGGUAAGAAUAUUGACCGAUAACAGACCCAGACUGCAACCUGUAAUGUCGGCCAGGUUGUGUUUAAUUAGGGCGGUUUUUGAUAUGCUCAAGGUAAUACUUGACAUAUUUGAUUUGGAACCGGUUGAAGAAAUGUAGGAGAGAAAUGAUGUUUUAUGAAGCGCGGUUCAAUCGCAGAACCCUUGGUGAGCUGUUGUUUCUGUUCGCUACCGCCCUGUCCAUGUACUGCUGUUAUUUUUCAAAUAAAUAGAUUUUAUGUAAAAAAAAACAAAA